ACAUGGCAAAAUUCCUCAUCAAAGCAGGAUCGGAUAUCAACCGUUGCUACAAUGAGAGAGCCUCGACAUCAUGAUUCUACUCGUGCGAGCUGGUUCACACGUCCCCGAUCAAAUUCUCGAUUAUCUUCAAAUCGAAUUUAAAGGGAUUUCUACAAUACUCUAUACUCUUCUAGCAGCCCGCAUGCCAACGACACCAAUCCUUGGAGCUUCCGCCUUGGAGAAUGCAGUCGAAGACGAGAACCUGUCUCUCUGCAGUCUCCUUCUUGAUCACAAGGCUCCUCUAAACUACCAUGGGCGCAGCGGAAUGACCUGUUUACAACGAGCGGCACGCGAAAACGACUUACUCCUAACACGUUUCCUCUUUGAACAUGGCGCGGAUGUUAACUUCGCUGCUCAUGAGGAUGGAGGACGUACGGCGCUGCAGAGUGCUGUCGAAUAUAAUGCGACCCCAGUUGUAGAAUUUCUCCUCAGUGUUGGAGCAGAUAUCAGGGCUGCUCCGGCGAAGAGGAAUGGGGUCACCGUGCUUGAAGCCUUGGCCAAGUCUUAUACCAGUAUUUUGAACUUUUGUGAAGUGAGGCUUGACGCACCGAGGUAUGUCAACAUGGAAGAUAUACUCUCGAAGUUGGGUCGUUUCCGAAAUUGGGUGGCCAAGGGUGCGCCCAUCAACCGCCCAAACGGAGAGGACGGCAAGCUACUACACUACUUCGUCCUGAACUUCAAUCAUGCGUGCCUGGAAGAAGCAUUGGUCUUAGGGGCAAAAACAGACGCCAGAUGCCACGAAGGUCAGGAUGAAGAAGACUGUGAAGGUUGGAACUGAACCAAGACCCCUCUUCAACUUGCCGCGUACUUGGAUGAAGUGGAAGCUGCUCGCUUAUUACUUAAGCAUAAGGCAGACAUCAACGCGCCUCCGAGCGGUGCCUACGGCAGAACCGCAUUGCAAGAAGCGACUUGUAAUACCAGAGGACAGUGUGGCCAUGAAAUGAUGCAGCUUCUGCUUUCCUUCGGCGCAGAUGUUAAUGCGCCACCUGCAAGGGAAGGCGGCAUCACGGCCUUACAGGGGGCGGCAAUCAGUGGCAAUCUGGGGGCUGCCAAGAUGCUGCUGGAGCGAGGAGCAGAUAUCAACGCCCCUGCCGCAGCUGAGGACGGGAGGACGGCGAUUGAGGGAGC